AUGCCAUCCCAAAAUAGUCUUUCACCGUAUACCGCUGAAGCGGAUGCUGCCACGUCAAAGAAGCGGCCGUUGUCGCUAGACACCUCUAGCAGUGCUGUGAAGCGACCAAAAACUAAAGGCGGCUUUGUAUUGGACAGCGAUGAUAGCGAUGAAAACGAUGUGAACGAAAUGAAGGAUUACGUUUGUACUUCUCAGAGGUCAUCUUCGCCACAAGUCACCUCGCAGAAAAAGCCUACUCUAAAACCCCUGCCAACAAAGCAACUCGAUAAGUCUCAUAUUCGGGAACUUUUGGGCAAGAACAAAAAGUUAGACCAGAACAAACGACAGGCAUUAUCACCGAGUCCAGCUCAACAACCUUUGCAACGAUCUGUGAGUACUGCUGCUCAUUCAGUACUACCAGUACCUAUCAAGAGCCGACAAGAGAAUCUCGUACCGAAAAAACAGAAUGGAAAGGCGAAGGUUUCUCAAAAGUCUGGAAGAACUCUUCCAAUGUCAACAGAGAUGGGCAUUUCGAAGCAGCUGAACGCUGUAAAAUCCGGGAGCAGAGUCGCUAUAUUCGAGACUACAGAAGAAAACCCCUCAGCCAUUCAAGGAGUCCGUCCGACCACUUUUGAUAGACAACUAAACAGCGACUCGAAUCCUAAACGACCGGCUUUUAGCUCUUUUAAAAAAUACACACAGCUUCCUGAAUCAAUCACAUCUCCCUCGAAGCAGCUUUUACCAAAAGUGGAGGCUGAUGGCGUUCCUUGUGGUGGUGAUGUCAAUAAUGCAACCCCCAAGAAGCAGAAAAUAUUUCUAGCCAGCACUAGUAUGAAUAAGAAGGCUAGUAAGGAAAGAGCAGCCUUUACGCCUGCAUCUAGCGCCGUCUCUGAAAUGGGCUCAGCAGUAGAUGCCGACAAAGUGUCUCCACCGGUUGUUCGUUUCGGAACACCAGGUACCCGAGCAAACAGCGGCAAGGCUUUAGAUCUCAGUCAAUCUCUCGAAAUUUCUGCAGAUGCAAUACCUUACUUUGAGUAUUCAAUCUCCCAAAAGCAGUGGUGCGGUGAGCAAGACGAGAAAGAGGCUUUGAUUAGUGAAAUAACUGUACGUCCGUUCACCAGUAUGUUUGAUGCGAAUGCACAGGCGGACAGAUAUUUCCAGAGCAAACAACAAUACCCGGGCUACAUGACCAUUGAGCAGAACAGCAAGCGAGACGAACAUGGCUGCAUGGUUCUGACUAGCACCAUAGCGCCUUUCGAAUACCCAACCAAAAAACAACAUACGCAGAUAUAUGUCAAACGCGAUUACGUUUCCGAGUCGGCAAACCAGACACCUCGUUCCAUCAACGAUGCAUCCUUCAUAUCGGAUACUGGCUACAUUUUGAGAUUGUUCAGGCUGAUCGACUCUGGUGACUCUGACGCAAACUCCGACGCAGAGUCAGACAGCGGCAAAAGCAAGGUUAAUGAACCUGUUCGUGUAUACUGUCCUCACGGACGCCCGGAGGUGUACACCGCCUUGCAAGCUGCGAACCAUGCUGCUAGAAGCCUUCAAAUCGAGCUUGGCCACGAAAAGAACCCGACAAGCACAAUAACCAAGAAUUAUCAGGAACAGGACUUGAAGAAACUCAACACGAAGGCACUUGCACUUGAGGCAGCUGGAGAAGGCGAAGAUGGAUGCUGGCACAGCAAAUUCAACGCCCACGGCUUGGGAGGAGACACACUUGAGUUGGUAGUGGAGAAGGCAGGGAUCUGCGGACCGAGGAAUAUUUAA